AUGAGAUCUAAAGCUCAUAUUCCAGAGGACCGAGACUAUGAGCAGGAAGACAGUACCUCUGAUGGUGACAUAAGCACAAUUACAGAUGCUCACCUUUGCAAGAUGAUCGAGAAGGUAAUGUCGAAAAGGCGCUCCAUAGAGGAAAAGAUAGACAGGUUGCAUCGAAUCGCAGGAGUUCCUUUCAAACUGAACAUCAGAGAAUUCCGUCCGGAAAUGAAUUUUCAAGUUCCCAAGCUGCCAGAAUUCGAUGAGAAAACUGAUGAUCCAUAUCAGCAUGUUUUACACUAUCAAACUGCCAUGACUCUGUGGCAGUACAGCGAUGAGUUGAUGUGCAAGAUGUUUCCACAGUCACUGACUGGUGGAGCAGCAUACCAGUAUGAUCAAAGGGGUGUGUACGGUUCUUUGGUCAAGAGACCAGCAAAUACUUUGGAAGAAUUGUAUGAUCGAGCAGAAGAAUACGCUCGAGUGGAGGAUGACUUCAAAGCUCGAGAGACGAGAGAUGUUAACAGAUCAUCCAAUCAUCCAAAUGAGGGGAAGAAAGACAAGUCAAAGAACCGUGCGAGUGGACAUCAUAACGAUAGAGGUGAAGUUCGAGAGAAAAACCAAGGUGAACGCCUGGAAACUGGAUAUCAGAAAUAUCAUGAUAUGAAGAUCGAGGUCCAGCGAAUGAUAAACGCUGGAAAGAUACAAGAGUACGUGAAAAAGGAUUUCGGGAAAGUCCCUGGACAGUUUGGCAUAACACAUGUGAUUAACGCACAUGUGAUUAACGUCAGCCACGCCAGGAUCCAUUCAAUGACCAGGCGGGCAUCGGAAGAUGAGACCAGGACAAAACUCAGGCAGUUAAAAGAAUGGUACUUGACAAAUCAUAUUGAUUUUGUCAGUGGAAAUGGAGCAGAAAUUCGGGAGCUUGGAUGCACAAAGAUCGAGUUCUCUGAAGCAGACAUGAUAUGUGUAUAUACUCCACACAAUGAUGUUAUCGUUAUAACUGCUUGGAUUGGCAUGUUUCGUGUACACCGGAUUCUAGUGGAUACAGGAAGCUCAGUGAGCGUGCUCUUUUCAGGAGCUUAUUCCUCUAUGAAUCUCCCACACGACUUGAUCGAGGAGGAUGAAAAUCCAAUUGGCGGUUUCAGUGGCGAAGUUACAAAGAAGAUUGGAAAAGUAAAGAUACCUAUAAUAGUGGCUGACAAGUCCGUUUUAGGCAAUUUCUUGUUGCUUGAUUGUCGAUCUCCCUACAAUGCGAUUGUAGGACGAGACUGGCUGCAUGAGAUCGGUGCAGUCACAUCAUCAUAUCAUCAAUGUUUGAAGUUUAUUGCCCCUGAAGGAGUCGUGAAAGUUAGGAGUGACCAUAUGGCCGCCCACAAGUGUCACGAGAGUGCUAUGGACGAGUACAAGAAGUCAGAAGUUAUCGGGAACCAAAUCAUGCGAGUCGAGCAGAAAUAG